AUGGAUUUUGAUUUUGAAUUUGAACUGGAAGAUGAUGGUGACUCAGAACAGGAGGAAUUAGAAAGGCAAGAAGCAUUGAAAAAAUCAAUUGCCGAGAGAGAAGCUGCUGUACAAAAACGAAUCCUGCAACGACAGCAAGAAGGAGAGAGAUGGUUCGGAAAGCAGCAGAAACCAGAAGCUCGUACACUGAAACACAACUUGCAGGAGGAAAGCUAUGCAGUAUUUGUUGAAAAGAAACAGAAAUUCAGAGAUAAUUUUGAUCGAGUGAUUCAGCACUUUCAGAAAGAAGACGAUGACUCAGUUUUCAACGAAAAAAUGAGAAAAAUCAAAACUGUCGAAAGCUUCAAGAACUUUCUGGUAAAAUGUCAUCGAUCAAUUGUAGCAGGUCCAGAAAAAAAUCACGAUACCGAACUUCAUGAUUGGUUACUGGAAUUUCACAAAGAGACUAUCUCAGCCCUCCGAAAGCUGACGAAGAUACCAUCUGACGUCAAAAUCACCAAAUCAUCUGCUGAGAAUGUAUUUGAAGAUGUUAAAGAAAGAGCAUUGAAAAACAAUUUCAUUGAUAUGAAAGUAGUUCAAGAGAGAGCACUACAGAGAGAACGAAAAGAGGCAGAAGAGCUCAAGAAGAUGCAAACCGAAGUUAAUCUCGCCCUAAAAAAUCUCAAUAUUCAAGACGACGAAGAUGGAACGCAUAGUUUGACUGAAAAAAUUCAGAGAUUAAGUAUUGAUCGAAUCCGUGAUCCUCAAAGAGAUACAAGUCCUGAUCGAAGAAGAUUGUCCCUUGAGGAAGCGAAGCUACUCGAAAAUCAGUUCAGUGAUUUGUACCUUCCAUCUCCCGAUAAAGAAACUCCAACAGAGGCGGAAGUCAAAUACCAGAAAUCUUUACUUGAUGCAGAUGAGGAAGAGAAGCAAGAAUGGGACGAGAGCAUUUGCAGACCAAGUUUGUCCGUCCCAAGUGAACAUCCCUGGUCUGGUUCGAUGUUCAACAAGGAUUCAGAGCCAGAAUCCGAUAAUGAGGUUUCAGUGUUGGGCCAAGUUUUGGAAGUGUCACUCACUUUCAAGAAAAGAGUUCUCAAAUAUUUUAUGAGUGAACCAACAGACGAAGACAAAACAUCUUGGAAAAUGGAAAGAUUCGAGAAUAAGAAGAAGAAGCAAAGCAAAGUUAAAUUCGUAGAUUACGACAGCCCACUGAACAAAAUGCGAAUUUUCGCUAGACCCAGCAACCGUUACAUGGCUGAUGGUGAUAAUGGGCCGACCACUGAUUACAUGGAUUUAAGUCUUAGAGAAGGAUUUCUCCUCGUACACAACACCGAACCUCCUUUCGUAGACGGCUGGAAGAAGGGUUGUGUUCCAACUCGUCGAUCAACCUUUGUACGUGAUCGAAAACAACAAAUGCUUACUCUAAAGUUUUGUCGCUGGCAUGGACAAUAUGAAGGAAACCUUAUCGGACGUUUUUGGUAUAAGCGUUUGCCAGAAAAUGAUCGAAACCAAUACUACCAAAGCAUUCGUAUGGAAUUUGGAUUGGUUGAGAAGUGUACUAAAGAAGAGGUUGACGCCCAUUAUGCAUUUUUAGCAGCUAUUGCUUAUAAAUCCAUGCUCCGUCGACCUUUAACACCUCAAAAAGAACAAACAGGAGAUGUUAACAAGAUGGAGACAUCUCCAGUUUGUGGAGUCCUUCUCUUGACAGAUUGGCGUCUUGGCCACUUGGAUACAAACGCUCUCACCAAUACCGUAAUUCAAUUUCUUCCAACCAACCUUGGCGCCACCUUCUUACAUUUAAGAUACCCGAUUUCAAGAUUUUGGAAAAUACUCAUUGUUCAUACUACGAAAACGUAUGAUGUGUUUUGGAUGGCGCAGGAUUGGUGCGAUGGAUUGCCAUCUACACAAGAAGAAUUGGACAAUCUCCGUGAUUUCAACAGUUCUGUGAAGAGCGUUUUCGACACAAUGAAAGAUACUGGUCACAACUAUUACAACUAUGUCCUUUACUUCGUCAAUGAGUGCAACUGUUAUGGAUUUUCGUCCUAUUUCGCAUUCACCAAUCCAAUUCUGGAUGAUUACACGGUCAAUGACUCCAGAUAUCCGCUUCAUGAUCCUCUUUAG